GACUGCGUCACCAGUUUGGUUAAAAGGUCAAAACAACAGAGUCUUAAAGGUUAAAGUCCCGCAGCAACAGAGAAACGGAGUGACCCUUUGCUUUUGUGCUCUUUUAAAUAAAGCUUUACCGUCUUAUUUCGUAAACCCAUUCAUGCUCCGUCAUCCACUCGACUGCCUGCAGCUUUGUAACGCAGGAGUAUAUGAUGUGUUUAUGCUGCGGAGGCCAGUGCUCUCCAGGGUCCUGAAACAAACAUCUCUAUCUCUCUCAGACUCUUGUUUAUUCAAACCUGCAACCAUCGCUUUAGGGAUUCAUCUCAACAGUGACUAAUAGCCCUCACAACCCCUCCCCGCUUCGCCUGUCUGUCUUCCAGCCGCAAAAAUACACACACAGUCACUGGUUCUUGUCAGAGGAGGAGCGGCGUCGGCGCCUGCUUAGUUUCUGCUCCUCUUUUCAUAUCGGCACGCAAACUAAAGUGGGGGUAACAUGGAGCAAACGGAAGGAGUUCAUCUGAGGCGAGGUAAAGUAACGGUUCUCUGCACACUUCAAGUCAACUGAGACAGAAAACGCCCAGACAUGACUCAACCCUGAAGGUUGCUGCGAACGGAGAUCAGACAGGAUGGAUGCUCUGAAUUCAUCCAACAUCACUGACAUCAGUAGUGAUGAAAGCCCAGGCCUGUUUUCUGGAAGCCCGUACUCCACGGUGGAACUGGUGCUCAUCAUCGUGGUGGCAUGCUCCCUGAGUCUGAUCACUAUCAUUGGAAACAUCCUGGUCAUGCUCUCCAUAAAGGUGAACCGAAACUUGCAGACCGUCAACAACUACUUCCUGUUCAGCCUGGCGUGUGCAGACCUCAUCAUUGGCGUCUGCUCCAUGAACCUCUACACCGUCUAUAUCGUCAUUGGUUACUGGCCCCUGGGAGCAGUGGUGUGUGACCUGUGGCUGGCUGUCGAUUAUGUCGUCAGUAACGCCUCCGUCAUGAACCUUCUCAUCAUAAGCUUCGACCGUUACUUCUGCGUCACCAAACCCCUCAGCUAUCCCGCACGCCGCAGCACCAAGAUGGCCGGCCUGAUGAUUGCAGCAGCUUGGGUCUUGUCCUUCAUCCUGUGGGCUCCCGCCAUUCUGUUCUGGCAGUUCAUCGUGGGCGGAAGAACGGUGCCUCCAGAUGAGUGCUACAUCCAGUUCUUCUCCAACCCCGCGGUGACUUUUGGGACAGCCAUCGCUGCUUUUUACCUACCGGUGGCCAUCAUGAUCUACCUUUACUGGCGCAUCUCCAGGGCCAGCCGUAGUCGCAUGAGAAGGGACAGCAGGAAGACAUCAGGUACCAGUCUGGCAGAAGCUCACUCCAACAGCCAGGAGGAAGGCUGUGAAAACAACUGUGUGGCAACAAAACAAGAUCAGGAGGGAUCUGGAGAUGGGAAGGAAGUACUCCAGCAGCAAAACGGAGACUGUCCACGGAGAGAUGUGGACCAAGACACCAUAUCAGACAUCAUUCAGGCUCCUGCAUCUAAAGACACUGAAGGGCCUGUUUCAUCACGGAAAAGCUCGAAUGAUGGAAAAACUCAAACUCAGGUCUCCCUGCAGAACUCAGCAAUUGACAGACAAAGCAUGGUUGCAAGGACUCUAUUAUUGGUAACAAAGCGCGCUGUGAGUGAAAGUGUGGUUGCAAAGUGGAAGAGGAAAGGCCACUCCUCCAGAGAGAGGAAAGUGACGCGCACCAUCAUGGCCAUCCUCGUGGCCUUCGUGGCCACGUGGACGCCGUACAACGUGAUGGUCCUGAUCAACACCUUCUGCUCCGUCUGCAUCCCAAACUCCCUUUGGACCAUUGGCUACUGGCUCUGCUACAUCAACAGCACGGUCAACCCCGCCUGCUACGCCCUCUGCAACACCACCUUCAAGAACACCUUCAAGCACCUUCUCCUGUGUCAGUACAAGAACAUUCGAGGACGAUGAGGCAGAAAAAACACAAAACAUUUCUGUUUUACUUGUUUUUAUUUAUUUUCUGCAUAAUUUCACCUCUGGUCUCCUUGGAGAAGUAAAUGCUGGAAUACUGGAGAAAAGUAGAAUCUCAUAUUUAGGAGGAACGUUUGAGAUCUACCAUGGAGAACAGAAACAAGCCUAACUGUGAUUUUUAAGAGAUCUUGGCACAUCUGGUCCUGAGGGAUUUUUCACACUUGGAGAAGUGACUAUGUUCCAUGGGAUGUCCUGUACAGGGAUGUCAGACUCCAGGCCAUGAAGGCCACCAUCCUGUAGGUUUUUCAGAAACAGGUAUGUUUUACCAAUAAGAUGCUACACUGACAGAUUAGUUGGAAAACUCAUCCAAGGCCUGAAGUUUGACACUUGUGGUGUACGGUGGGAGCCAUUUUUGUCCUUGUUCCGGUUUUUGGUUCAUGGCCAAGAGUGGGUCAGACUUUUAUCUAGACUUUACCAGGUUUGCCAAACAAUGGAAGGGAUUGGCUUUGGCAGACUCAGGAUCUGGUCAACUCUUCAUGGAUGAUACAGUCCCUCUGACCUUCUGGAGCCAGAACCUCCAGCUUCAGGAUGAGAAGUUUCAUCUACAACUCUGGAGCAGUGGAAUACUCUCUCUGGGUUAGAAGUGAAUCACUUUCCCACUUGGUAGAGUCAAAAAUUCUAUUCACAAAAAAUGGACACAACUCGAGAUCUACAGAGAGUGGAGCCAGUUUUUAAAACAAUUGGGCUUUUUUGGUAUAAGCACCAAAUUUGGCAUGAAUGUAGCUCUUUCAGAAAAUCAUGUUAGUCA